AUGAAUACACGGAACUUUCGGAGCAAAGCGCCGCUUCAAGAGAUGAUGCGGAGCAUCAUGGACUUUGUCGUCCAAAAUGUCACCUCGGAUGAUAGUCUGACUGGAAGUGUUCAAGGUAUUGAAUGUCUUGCUCUUCAGGCUAUAUAUGAGGUCAAUGCUGGCAAUCUGCGACGAUCAUGGGUAACGUUCCGUAAAGCCAUCACAAUAGCUCACCUUCAAGGCCUGCAUAAUAUGACUGUCAACUCUUCACCAGAAGAGCGAAACGUGAUGGAGAUAAAACAGCAUCAUCUAUGGUAUCAUAUUGCGAGAGGAGAGCGCUACUUGUCAACUUUACUCGGCCUACCGUCCAGUACGGGCUCAGCGGCCUUCCCAGCAGAUGAUGACGACUCCUGGCUUUCGGCGGAAAACGUGUAUCACAAACAUCUAUACUACAUAUCUGGUCUUAUCCUCUUGCGUAACCAGAGCGAUGGCACUCAUACAUUUUCCACAAGUCAGCGAAUCGGAGAGCAGCUAAUGUCGUUUGCGGAGAAAAUGCCUCCAGCUUGGUGGGAAGUGCCCACAAGCAUACCCAAAACUCGCUCAAAAGAAGCAUUUGCACAGUUCGAGCGCGUUAUGUGUCAGAUCUGGCAUUUCCAACUAGAGAUGCUUGUGUAUCUGCCCUUUAUGCUACGCGCAGCAACUGAUCGACGGUACGAGCAUUCACACAUAUCUUGCAUGAAUGCCAGUCGCAAUCUCAUCAAGAGAUGGAUUUCGAUACGUGAAAGUAACACUACAAUCCUCUAUUCCAAUCUUCUUGAAUUCGAAGCUUUCAUAGCAGCAACAACUUUGCUGUUAGGGAUUCUAGCUUCGCCGAAAAGUGCAAGUCCAGACGUUCUGAAAGAACGGUGCGAUGACUCUCAGCUCGUCCAGACGGUUGUUGAGCAUCUUGAAAGACUCAAACGGCAGGGCGCCGGGAUGUCUGUUGGUAACCAGAGUAUUGAUGUGAUUCGCACACUCCAACAAUUCGUACAUAGUCGAACUAUUCCCAACAGAUUGCGUCUCGAAGUCCCGUUCUUUGGUAUUAUUAUGAUUGCAAACAACGGUGCUGUGCAGCCUCUUGAGGGUGAGAGAAUUUUUGGGGCGAAUCCGAGCAGGGACUCUUCUUUGUCGCGGACUUUGCAAACUACCAUGCCUUUACCAAACUUUGAAACAAGUUCAGUGUCAAAUUUAACACCUGAUUCUGGUUUCCAGCUCCGGGAUACGGUUAUAACUAAGGAAAGCUAUUCUUUAUUUGGAAUGGGGGAUAAUGAGCCUGCACUGCAGGCUACUGGUGGUCAUUUUCAACUCCCUGAGGCGCCAGGGAUGCAGGAUAUUUUUGACUCCACUGAAUGGUUGUUUCAAGAAAGCGAUAUCAUAUACUUUAACAGCUUGAUGGACACGGACUUGGAGGGCAAUUGGACAUUCUAG